UGAUACUGCUCAGCCGAUAUGACAUAUAAGCCCACCGUGAGCAGUUCAGUCCGCUCAAGGGUGAUCGCAAUAGCUCAGUUAUAAAGAACCAGCGGAGAUGAGCUCUAACGAAGAAGAUGUUAUUAUAAUGGCGAUUCCCCGAGAACUCACACAAAACCCACUACGGAAAAUAUGGAUGCCGUGCAAGAACGGCUUGCCGGAAAAACACAUUUAUCAGAAGAGAGUAUGCAUGACCAACUGUCCUACUCUCAUUGUGACCGUUGGCUUGCCAGCGAGAGGAAAGACUUACAUCUCUAAAAAGCUCACACGCUACCUCAACUGGAUUGGUGUACCAACAAAAGAAUUCAACGUGGGAGAGUAUCGAAGGGAAUGUGUGAAAAUCUACAAGAGCUUCGAAUUCUUCCGCCCCGAUAAUGAGGAAGGGCUGAAGAUACGAAAGCAGUGUGCUUUGACUGCACUCAAUGAUGUCAGGCAGUACCUCAGUGUUGAGGGUGGCCAUGUUGCUGUGUUUGAUGCCACAAACACAACUAGAGAUAGGAGGAGCACAAUCAUUAGAUUUGCUGACCAAAAUGGAUACAAGGUGUUUUUUGUGGAGUCUUUGUGUGAAGACCCCAAGAUUAUUGCAGAAAAUAUUGUGCAGGUGAAGUUGGGUAGUCCAGACUACAUUGACUGUAACACUGAAGAAGCCGUCCAGGACUUUAUGAAGAGGAUCAAGUGCUAUGAGAACAGUUACCAACCACUGGAUGAAAACCUUGACAGAGAAUUAUCAUACAUUAAAAUAAUGGACGUGGGUCAGCGGUAUUUGGUGAACCGUGUACUUGACCACAUUCAAAGCAGAAUCGUUUACUAUCUAAUGAACAUCCAUAUUACACCACGCUCCAUCUACCUCUGUCGCCAUGGAGAGAGCGACCUUAACGUCAGAGGUUGCAUUGGAGGGGAUUCAGGCCUGUCACCCCGUGGGAAAGAGUUUGCUCAGUGUCUGGGCCAGUUUAUUCAGGAUCAGAAUAUAAAGGAUCUCAAAGUGUGGACCAGUCAGAUGAAGAGAACUAUUCAGACUGCUGAAGCAUUGGGUGUACCAUAUGAACAAUGGAAAACACUCAAUGAGAUUGAUGCUGGUGUUUGUGAGGAGAUGAUGUAUGAGGAGAUUCAGGAACAUUUUCCUCUGGAGUUCGCCCUCAGAGACCAGGACAAAUAUCGCUACCGCUACCCUAAAGGAGAGUCAUAUGAGGAUCUGGUCCAGCGAUUGGAGCCUGUCAUUAUGGAGCUGGAGCGACAAGAGAAUGUUUUGGUUAUAUGUCAUCAGGCUGUGAUGCGCUGUUUACUUGCUUACUUCCUGGACAAGAGUGCAGAAGAGCUGCCAUACCUGAAAUGCCCCCUACACACAGUUCUGAAGCUCACCCCUGUGGCCUAUGGCUGUAAAGUGGAGUCAAUCUAUCUUAAUGUGGAGGCAGUGAACACUCACAGAGACAAACCUGAGAAUGUGGACAUCUCCCGUCUUGCAGAAGAGGCCCUUCUCACUGUUCCGGCCCACUAUUGACCUGUGACACCACAUCCCAUACAUCAGCAACACUCCAUUAGCUAAUUUCAUCCUUUAUCACGCCUCUCAUUGGUUUCGGCGCGCUCAGG